AUGUCGUUGUUUUCGACAAAUGAAACAGAGAAAGACGUUGACGAACCAUACAUAUACGUACUAAUUUUCUUUAUGGUAUUAUUUUUCUUUGGGGGAAUAAUGUGGAUAUUUUGCUGUGGAACUUGUGUUGGUAGAGAAGCUUUACGAGCUUUUGGACUUGGAAAACUUGUGCCGAGCGACGAUGGCAGUGAGGAAGAAUGGGAAAUGCUUGAAGAAGGUCGUGAUGGUAAUAAUAGUAGUGCCGAAGAAUGGGAUGAUGACUGGGAUUAG